UGACGUAAGACGACGACGCUCACGUCGGAUAACAAACAAAUAUAUUUGAACUGGUUAAUAAAAUUAGGUCCUUUCUAGUAACUUCCAUGUUUAUUAAAUGAAAUGUCCAACUCCAUGGAUUUAGUAAGCAAAAUAGGAAAGGAUACGUCGAGAUCAGCUUGCAAAAAGUGCGGUUAUGCGGGACAUUUAACUUUUCAGUGUAGAAACUUUAUCAAAGUAGAUCCGAAUAAAGAAAUAGUACUAGACGUUAGUAGCACCAGUAGCGACACGGAAGAAGAGUACGCGACUCCAUUACAGAGCUUGAGAGAGGCGGAGUUACGUCAGAAGUUACAGGAGAAGUUAAAGAAAGUGAAAGAGAAAAAGAAAAGCAAGAAAAGAAAAAGAUCCAGAUCAUCAAGCUCUUCGAGUAGCAGAAGUUCGUCUUCGGAGAGUGAAACUAAAAAGAAAUCGAAACAUAAAAAGAAACACAAGAAAUCAAAGAAAUCACACAAAUCACAUAAAAAGAGUAAAAAAUGAUAUUAGAUUAAUAUUAACUGUCUGAAUUAAAUGUUUUUUAAGCUGAA